CAAUCACGCUGGAGAUGGCCGGUUAUGACGUCACGCCUAAUCUGCUCGGAAGAUGGCUGCUUUGAGGACGGUCUCCGGUAACACAGCGAUGAUUUCGCUUUUUCUUCUGUGUGUGAUCGCAGCAGCGAAAAGCGAUGAACAAGUCCCUCUGGUCGCAUGGGCGAGCGAUGGGUUUGCUUUGUCUCCUGUGGAUGCUCCUUCAGCGGGUCACACUGUGUCUGUGGAGGAGCUGGAGUCACACCUGAACACAGCACUGAGCACUACACCACAUAAUCUUCUGCUCUUCCUGCAGGAUAAAUUGAGUGUCGAUGACUUCACAUUGUAUGGAGGAGUCUUUGGAAACAAACAGGAUAGUGUCUUCCAAAAUCUUGAGGCGGCUCUACUCUCCUCCUCUUCCUUUUGGUUGCCAUCAGUAUCAUCGUCUGCCACUGCUUUGGUUUCUACACUCCUCCAGAAUCAGAUUGAUGCGGCUCCUCUCUACAUGAAUCCAGACACGCUUGCUCAACUCCGCCUCAAUGCUUCUCUUGCUGCCUUGCUGGUCUUCCGCCUCCCUUACAGCGGCGGGGCUGAUAUGAUGUCUACUAAAGAAGUGCUUAGCGGAAAUGAUGAGGUGAUUGGUCAGGUGCUGAGCAUCAUGAAAGCUCAGUCUGUGCCGUAUACUGCAGUGUUUACUGCACUUUGGCCCUCAAGGGUGUUAGAGGAGGCAUCUCCGGCUGUGCACUCAGUCUGGUCACGAUCCCUACUGCAGUCCCGUCGUGAGCAAACUACUGCUCCAAAGCCGCCUUUGGAGUUUAAGGAGAAGGGCUCCACCUGCAUCCUCUUGUGGGCGGAGAAGCUAGUGGUCAGCCAGUAUCGCUCAGGAAAGUGGGAGAGGCAUGACCUUGCCCCCAACACCUUUGGUGAAGGUGUGGAACCCAACCUGUCUGGAUCAUCCUGCAAUGAGACUCACUCCCGGUUGGUUUUGAACUACAAAGAUGUCCUGAGUUACAGUUCUUUUAAGCUCAUUUUUGUAAUGAACCGCCGUCACUAUAAAGUUUCUGCACGCCACUGGUUCACCAUGGAUCUGGUUCAUCUGGAAUAUGAUGGGAAAAAUGCCACGUUCAAUGGCAGCCGUUACAUCUAUGCCCCAUCCGAGUACUCAUACCGCUGUGAGUCUGUGAGCAGUUCUCGCUACCCUCAGCUGUCACCCCACUCAGACAAGGACAAUGCCAAUGACUGGCAGAUCUUAUUCCAUGACUUCCAGAUCCAGGGCUUUAAUGUGGCUGGGAAGGAUUUCUCUUAUGCCAGUGACUGUGCUAGUUUCUUCACUCCUGGUAUCUGGAUGGGGCUGCUCACAUCUCUUCUCAUGGUCCUGGUUCUCACCUACGGCCUGCACAUGAUCAUGCAGCUGCGCACUAUGGACCGCUUCGAUGACCCCAAGGGUCCUGCCAUCUCUGUUCCCCAGACGGAGUAAAAGACACAGAGCAAGUUUCCUUUCUUGUUCUCGCAGCACUAGUGUUUACUUUGGUUAUUGAUUUGGUUAUUAAUUUCUUGUUAUAACAUGUCAUUGGGUUGACGUUGGAUUUUUUUUGUGAUAAUCAUUCCUGUAAUAAACAUGUCCAGAUCAUAUUAGAAGAAAGAAAAAAGGAAAUAUGUAUUUUGCAUAAAGAAGUAUACAUUUUAGGAUGGUUAAGAUUGUUUUUUGUUUUUUGCAUUGUGGCAUUAUUGUUAGAAGCAAAAUCUCCCCUAAAUUACUGUGAUACACAGCAUUUUAACUCAAGCGCAUAGGAUGGAUGCAGUGCAUAAAUACUUGACUAUUUAAAUAACAUUUCACUUUACAGUGUUCCUUCUUUUUAUGCAAAAUAUGAUUUCCUAAAGCAUGUCUUUGACAAGUUUUGUGAGAUUCAUUCUUGAGUCUUCUGUGGACUUUGUAUUUGCAAACUGAGGCACCAUUUAAUGUGACCUGUACACUUUACAUUACAAAUGAAUGAUAUAAGAUAAAUACCUAUUAACAGACAGCUUAAUGUUUUCCGUGCUAUAACUGUAAAUAUGAAAAGUGAAUUAAAUAUAAAAAAAUGAAAUAUUAAAAUGAAAUAUUAUUUAUUGGUGGUGUGCAUAUAUGUUUGCAUCCAGUUUCUCUGCUGUUUCACACAUAGUUCUGUGGUCUUGUGUGUGUCCAUAGAUGUUUCUGUGUAUUGUUGUGAGAAUUGACGUGUUUUUUUGACCACAUAAUAUGGACAUUUCGACUUUGUUUUGAAGGAAAAUAUGUUGUGCGCUGUAUUUAAAUAUUAGGGAAAAAGAGUACCACAAACAUUCUCACAUAAUGUUUUUCUUUAUGUACUAUUAUUGUAGUGAAUCGUUUGCACAAAUAGCUCUCAUAAAUAUUGUUUUAUGUUAAUGGCACAUGGUUUAUAAAAGGUAAUCUGUUGUCAUGUUUUGGAGGUGUAUGCUCUUGAAUGUGUUUAUUGUGCUAGUGUUUAAUAAACUUAACUAAGACAUAA